UACUAAUAUUUGAUAUAUCCUUUUGUUUAAGUGUUAAAUUAAUCAAAGAAAUAAUUCAAAGGGAAAAAUGGGUGCUGCAACUUGUAUUGAUAUUAUUUUGGCUAUUAUUUUGCCUCCUCUUGGUGUCUUUCUCAAGUUUGGCUGCAAGUUGGAAUUCUGGAUCUGUUUGCUGCUGACAAUAUUUGGUUAUCUCCCUGGAAUCAUAUAUGCUAUCUACGCCAUCACCAAGGAUUAAUCCUUUCCAUGGUAAAAAUGCAAAGGGACAUACAUAAAGUUUAUUCCUCUAGUGGUGAUUGAUUUGAUUUGGCGCCUUUAAUUUCUUAUUUUGAUUCUUCUUCUCCCCUCUUUUGGCUUUUUAUAAACAGGAUAUUUUAUUUUAUUUUAUUUUAUUUGUAUCAAGUGAUUUAUUUUAGCAUGUCCUGGUUUGCUGAUUGUCUAUUAUUGCUACGUACUUUUAAGUAAUGUAAUGUAAUUAUGGUGACCUUGAUUUGAUUAUUGUAUAAUAUAUAUUUUUCUGUUUUUUUUU